AUGAUGUUCUAUAUCAGUAUCACCACUAACCGAGCAUGCUUGUUCCAGUCAGUGUACGAAGCGGAUCUCGAGGCUCGACUACGUGAAGCAAUACGACAGCGGGACGAGCAGUGGAGGCGACACGAACGUGAACAAAUUACUUUCCUCCAGAACGAGACCGCGGCCAUGCUGCGAGGUCUUCAUAAAGAAAUCGACAGACUCGGAUACGAGCUGAAAGAUGCAAAGCGCCAACUGUACGUACCAGAUGAUUCACCAUGUGAUCACUCGGAAAUGGAGGAAAUUCGUGAAAAGGAAGAACGUGCUAGCAGUAUUGAUAGCAAGGUCUCACAGACAGUCGAAAAGCUCCAAGAGCAGAUUGAAAUUCAGGCAGACCGUAUUCGGCAACUCAGCAACGAACUGAAUGAACGUAAUCAGACUCUAGCCGUUUUGAGCAGCCAGUUACGAACAUACCGGCUUCGAGACGCCAUGGCUACAGCUCAGCAACGUCGUCGAGCGAGUACCAGUCCAAUAGUAUCACCUUCGUCACCACAUCGAAUCUUCCCUCCCAAAGGUCUCGCGUCUGCCUCGGUCACCGUAUCUUAUCCGGGCGACCGAGUUUUGAGACGGAAAUCGACAUCGAACGUUGGCAUGAACAAAACGAAUUGA